AUGGCACCAAAAAAAUUACAGAGAUAUUUUCCAGGGAAAGCGCUCCAUGAAUCUGGAUCAUCGGAUGAAGGAAGUGAUUCAGAAUCAUCGGAUGAAGGGAGUUCUAAAAAGAUAAAUCAGAAACCACUGCUAGCAAAUAAUACCGCGUUCAAAAUUAUAAAUAUUGACAGUUCGAAAAGUGAAAAGACCAAAGUGUUAGCUGAUUCUGAUAGCGAUAAGAGAGAAAAUAAACAGCUAGAUGAAAGUGAACUGGGAAGUGAUAGUGAGGAUCCUGAUGAUAGUAAUGAUUCUCAAGAAGUGAGUGAUGAUAGCAAUAGUGACAGUGACAGUGACAAUAAUGACAAAAUAUCGCAGCUAAUCUUUGUAUCUAAAUCUAAAAGAGCGCGCAAGAAUCUUGUACCUCAAAACGCAAAAGAUUCUGAUGGAAUCAAAGACAGAGCAUUGAAUUAUAUCGAGCAUCAACAGCGCACGGAAGCUGAGAGUCGAAAACUUAUUAGAGAAUCAUACAGUGAGGAUACUGGAGGAAUAGAUGAUACUGAUGAUUUAGAUCCAGAGCUUGAAAAGCGACAAUGGGAACUUCGAGAAUUAGGGAGAUUAGCAAGAGAUAGAAAAGAAUUGGAGUUAAAGGAGAAGGAAAUGACUUCUAGAGAAGAAGUCAAAUUGGGGAAUGCAUUGAAAGGGGAGUGA